AUGAGAACGUAUAAACGAAAAACUACUCGAGGAACCAAAUCCUUAGAAGUUUACGAAUUGGCUGCGAGAGAAGUGAUAGAGAAAAAUAGAAAUUACAGAGAUGUAGCCAAAGAAUUUGAUCUCUGUCACGUUUCACUCUUCAACUUUGUAAAAAAAAAGAAAGCGGGUGCACCAGCAACAGUGGGUUACAAGAAAACCCGUUUAGUUUUUAGUGCCGAACAAGAAGCAAUUAUAGCAGAGUAUUUGUUAAAGUGUGCUAAUAUUUAUUUCGGGUUACUACCUGAAGAUGUCAAACGUUUAUCAUAUCAAUGUGCUAAAUUUUACAAUGUUGAGAACGUACCAGAAUCUUGGCGAGUAAAUGAGAUGGCAGAUCCCAGCAAUCAAAAUCAGUCACUUAUUUCUAAACCACCUGUUGAGAAUGAGGUUAAUGAUGAUGAUCUGUCAUUAAAUUUAGAAAAUCCUGAAAUUUUAAACGAUAUGCCUUAUUUAGAUAUAAGCGUAACUGAAGUAAUUGAGCACAUGUCUAAUGAGCCAAUAGCUGGAUCAUCGGGUAUACAGAAAGAUGUUAAUGAUUUUUUUGGUUGA